AUGGCUGAGGCAUCCCGGUGGCACCAAGGCGGUGAGGGGACUCCGAAUCUGCAUUACAGAAAGGAGCUAGAGAUUAGAACCACACCUCAGGAGUUGUUACUCUACUUAAUUUUUUUAAUAGACCUAUGUAUAUUGACUUUUGGGAUGGUAAACCCACAUAUGUAUUAUUUAAACAAAGUUAUGUCAUCUCUAUUUUUGGAUACUUCUGUGCCUGGUGAUGAAAGAACCAACUUUAAAUCUAUUCGCAGUAUCACUGAUUUUUGGAAGUUUAUGGAAGGACCCCUUUUGGAAGGCCUGUACUGGGACUCAUGGUACAAUAGCCAGAAAGUGUAUGAUGUAAAGAACAGCAGUCGCAUCUACUACGAGAACAUACUUUUAGGAUACCCUAGAGUUCGUCAAUUAAAAGUUCGCAACGACACAUGCAAGGUUCAUUCAUCCUUUCAGUCUUUGAUGCGUGAAUGUUAUGACAAAUACACGAGUGGAAAUGAAGACCUAACUGAUUUUGGCCUUCAACAUGAUAGCGAAUGGAAGUAUUCUUCUCCUGCUAUCAGCGCCCCUUGGCACUGGGGAUUUGUUGGCGUUUAUAAAAAUGGGGGAUAUAUUUUCACUUUAUCAAGAUCAAAAGCUGAAACCAGAAACAAGUUCAUUAAUCUUCGACUGAACAGCUGGAUCACAAGAGGAACUAGAGUUGUUUUUAUUGAUUUUUCUUUAUACAAUGCUAACGUAAAUCUGUUUUGUAUUAUAAGAUUGGUGGCAGAAUUCCCGGCAACUGGUGGAAUCCUUACUUCAUGGCAGUUUUACUCUGUGAAGCUCCUCAGAUAUGUUAGCUUCUAUGAUUAUUUCAUUGCUUCCUGUGAAAUCACAUUUUGUAUUUUUCUUAUUGUUUUCACAACACAAGAAGUCAAAAAAAUAAGAGAAUUUAAGUCUGCCUAUUUCAAAAGUAUUUGGAACUGGUUAGAACUGCUACUUUUGGGGUUGUGUUUUGUGGCCAUUUUCUUCAAUGCGUACUGUAAUAUACAAACGUUUCUCUUACUUGGACAGUUAUUAAAAAGUUCUGAAAAAUAUUCAGAUUUCUAUUUUCUUGCAUACUGGCAAGUUUAUUACAACAAUAUAAUUGCUGUUACCAUCUUCUUUGCAUGGAUAAAGAUAUUCAAAUUCAUAAAUUUUAAUAAGACAAUGUCUCAGCUGUCAUCCACCUUGUCCCGCUGUAUCAAAGACAUAAUAGGAUUUGCCAUCAUGUUUUUUAUUAUAUUCUUUGCUUAUGCUCAAUUAGGAUAUCUUGUUUUUGGAUCACAGGUUGAUGACUUUUCUACUUUCCAAAAUUCCAUAUUUGCACAAUUUCGAAUUGUUCUUGGAGAUUUCAAUUUUGCUGGUAUUCAGCAAGUCAGUCGUAUCUUGGGACCUAUUUACUUCGUCACUUUCAUCUUUUUUGUGUUCUUUGUCCUGCUGAACAUGUUCUUGGCUAUAAUUAAUAACACCUAUUCUGAAGUGAAAGCUGAUUAUUCAUUAGGCAGAGGGCCAGACUUUGAACUUGGUAAAAUGAUUAAAAAGAGUUACUACAAUGUUCUUGAAAAACUCAAACUAAAGACACCUGAAAAGGAGGAAGAUAAAAGUAUGAAAACUGGGGAUUUGGCUGAAAAAGCUAGAAGAGAAGGCUUUGAUGAAAAGGAGAUUCAAAGUGCGGAGCAGAUGAAAAAAUGGAAAGAGAGGCUUGAGAAAAAGUAUUAUUCUACAGAAAUUCAAGAUGACUACCAGCCUGUCACUCAACAAGAGUUUCGAGAACUCUUUUUAUAUGCUGUGGAGCUGGAGAAAGAAUUACACUAUGUCAGUUUGAAACUAAACCGAGUGAUGAGAAAGGUUUCAGCUCUACAGUAAGACAAGUGGAGGUGAGACUUUGUGAUGCAUGGAGCAUUUCUAACAAAGAUUUAUUCCUUGGGACAAGUUUAGGAAGACUUUAAAAGCACUAAAACGCAUUAUUAGCAAGCUAUCAUAGGGGAUGACAAUCAUCUAAUGAUUUCUGAAAAUCCAGUGCCCUUGAAUGUACAAUCACACUGCAAUAAGCCUCCAGAGUAUACCCACAUUGAUACACAAGAAGGAUUUAUAAUUUAUAAUGAGAUUUAUUAUUAAGCUCUAGGAAUAUGAAGGGACAAGAAUAAAAUGGGCCUCUAAUCAGCAGUCCAAAAUCUAGGUAGAAAAAGUUUUCUCGGUGAGAUAGAGUAUAAGAACUGUUGUUCUUAUUUGUAGCAUGUUCUGGCUUACUGCCCAUGUUAGUAAAUGCUUAGGAUUCUUGAAAAACCAGUAUAUAAAACCCCAAAAUUUCACCUCUAUGCAUCUGAAUUUGAAGUUUUCUGAAAAUAAACUUUCCAACCACCAAUGAAAAUCUCACUAGUAUCUUCAAACUGAAAAUUCAUCUAGACAAUUUCUAAAGUGGCACUCUUAAGGAAUGCUUCUCCUCAACUAUUUUAAAUGCAAAUAUACUGAAAAAUUAUAUAAAGGCAAGGCAGGAUUAUCAGAUUAUAAAUCAUGUUUGGCAAGUGUAGGGAGCUGCAAAUGUCCUGCCUGGGUGGCUGGUAAGGUGUGCAUAGCUAACAUUUCCAAUUUCAGAUAUUGGAAGAAAAUGAUACUAAUCUUUCUAGGUUACAUAAUCCCUCAUCGAAGAGCAAUGUGUAAUCUUAAUCCAAGUAACAGAACUUGACCACAAACUCAAAUUUCACACUGGUGUUCAAUAAUUGUCCCUAGAUUUAAAAAUCUGAAUAAAGGAAUUUAAAAUUUUACCUACCUUCCUCAGGCCAACCUCUAAAAGACUAUCAAAAUUUCUUCACAGGAUAAGAAGAAAUGCUUACUAGUCUCCUCAUCUUCCCCUGAGAUUUCUACAAGGGAAUCAACAACAUGGCCUUUCCUUAUCUUACACUCCCCAGACCUGUAGGCAGCCAAGUGCUGUUUUCUUCACAUGGUCCUGGCUGGGAUAAUUCAAAGACUAAAGAUCAUUAAGACAAAGGAACACUGAGGUCUCCGGUUUUCUCUUUAACAUUUAGCAGGAAAAUAAAUAAACAUUUACCGUGACUUAGAACAUUAAAGUUCUUUUAUUACAAAAGUCUAUACAAUGAAGUGCCAAACACAGCAAUGCAAUUACACGUGGUCAUGUAUAUCUAUAUAUUUCUUGUAUAUAGAUACACAGCUUUUACUUGUACCAGAGUAAAACUAUCACAAACUGCCUAAUUCUACCAACUACUGCUCAACUAUGACACACAACACCGUCACAUAGCAUAAGUGCUGCCAUGCCACUUUUAUCUAGUCUACUCGCAGCCAGACAUUAACUGUGAAUAACCAACAUCAUGAAGCAGCUGUUAAUUCUAAAAUGAUUCCAGGCAGGCCACUGACUUAUAAAAAUAUGGUACUCAUAUAGAUUUAGCAUUAUAAAGAAGGAAUAUAUUAUUUAAAACAUUUAAAUAGUGCAUAUGGACAUUUUUGCAGGUGGUAUAUAAAAUAAAACAUUCAUA